AUAUAUUUUUCUUCUUAUGGAACUCCGUGCGAAGAAAUGAAAAAAAUUCACACACACAUGAUGAUAAUGCAACGUUAAUCUCGCCCUUUGGAUGUGACGUGUCCUUCGUUUCUCUCUGCGUUACACCAAACCGCACUCACUCGGUCAGGGACUCCUCUCUCUCUCUCUCUCUCCCUCAUUUCAGUUGUAGAAAAUCAAGGAGUUCGCUGCAUCUUUCGUCAAAAACCUGUUGGUUCGUAACUGACGGACCAAUCAAAUCCAUACGCGUUAUCCUAAAUGAAGACCGUCACCGCCACCAAGCCUAUUAAUCCGCUCGUCACCAAGAGGGAUACUUAUGGGUUUGCAGUGAGACCGCAGCAUGUACAAAGAUAUAGAGAGUAUGCAAAUAUUUACAAGGAGGAAGAGGAGGAAAGAUCAGACAGGUGGAAGAGCUUCUUGGAGCGGCAAGCAGAGUUGGCUCAGUUGCCUGUUAAUGGGUUAUCUUUUGAGGAAGACAACAAAAAAUUGCAUACUGAAGCUGAGGGGGAAGUGGCUUGUGAUAAUCAAGAGAAGGUUGUUGAAGUAGAUGAUGCAAGUGUCAAGAAGCCUGAUUCUGAGUGCUCCCCUGAAAAUGGUGAAGCAAAGGAAGAGAUACAGUCCACAUCAAGGGAAAAGCCUCAUAGGAUCCUAACAUGGACUGAGAUUAGACCAUCACUUCGUGGCAUUGAAGAAAUGAUGUGUAUGCGUGUAAAAAAGAAAGGAAAUUUAUCUAAAAACAAAGAGACUGGAAGAGGGAAGCCUUCAACUCCUAUUGAUGAGGUUAAAUCCUUGAAAGUAGCUUCAGAGGAGGACUCUGAUGAUGAGUUUUAUGAUGUGGAAAAGUCAGAUCCGGCUCAGGAUGGCCCAUCAAGUGAUAGUGUGACUGCCCCUGCCGCUGGUUCUAAUGCUGCUGAUGCAGCCCCUCUAGAAUCUGUAUUUCCUUGGAAAGAAGAGUUGGAGGUCCUUGUUCGUGGGGGAGUGCCAAUGGCUCUACGAGGAGAGCUUUGGCAAGCAUUUGUGGGUGUGAGGGCACGCCGAGUGGAGAAGUAUUACCAGGAUUUGCUUGCUUCCGAAACUAAGUCUGGCAAUAACACAGAAGAAAAUAGUUCUCUGUCUGACAGUGAUAGCAAGAGUUUAACUACAGAUUCUGUCUGUAUGCCCGAGAAAUGGAAAGGGCAGAUUGAGAAGGAUUUGCCUCGAACAUUCCCAGGGCAUCCUGCUCUGGAUGAUGAUGGUAGAAAUGCUUUGAGGCGGUUACUUACAGCAUAUGCUCGACACAACCCUUCUGUUGGGUACUGUCAGGCCAUGAAUUUCUUUGCUGCACUGUUACUUCUGAUGAUGCCUGAAGAAAAUGCCUUCUGGGCAUUAAUGGGCAUUAUUGACGACUAUUUUGAUGGAUAUUACUCUGAGGAAAUGAUAGAGUCUCAGGUUGACCAACUUGUUUUUGAGGAGUUGGUGCGCGAGAGAUUUCCUAAAUUGGUCAAUCAUCUGGAUUACCUGGGAGUGCAGGUAGCAUGGGUUAGUGGACCGUGGUUCCUUUCCAUUUUCAUGAACAUGCUUCCAUGGGAAAGUGUUCUUCGGGUCUGGGAUGUGCUGCUUUUUGAAGGAAACCGUGUCAUGCUUCUUAGAACAGCACUUGCUUUGAUGGAAUUAUAUGGCCCUGCAUUAGUUACAACUAAGGAUGCUGGAGAUGCAGUUACUUUGCUUCAGUCGCUGGCUGGCUCAACCUUUGAUAGCAGUCAACUUGUAUUGACAGCUUGCAUGGGUUUCCAAAAUGUAAAUGAAAGCAGAUUAGUGGAGUUGAGAAACAAGCAUCGGCCAGAUGUAAUAGCUGCCAUUGAGGAAAGAUCAAAGGGGCUUCAAGCUUGGAGGGAUUCUCAGGGUCUAUCAUCUAAGCUAUUUAAUUUUCAGCAGGAUCCCAAGACAAUGUUAAUAGAAACAAAUAAAGGAGCACGAACAGAUGAUACACAGACAAAUGGUAAUCUAUCUCGUUCAGAGUCUGGAUCCACAAAUGCAGAUGAAGUUCUUAUUAGCCUUACAGCAGAUGUGGAGAUAGAUUCUGCUCCAGAUCUUCGAGAUCAGGUGGUGUGGUUAAAAGUUGAAUUAUGCAAAUUACUGGAGGAAAAAAGAUCUGCUUUGCUCAGAGCUGAAGAGCUGGAGACAGCUUUGAUGGAGAUGGUCAAGCAGGACAAUCGGCGGCAAUUGAGUGCUAAGGUUGAGCAAUUAGAGCAAGAGGUUUCUGAGCUUAGGAGGGCCUUCGCUGAAAAGCAGGAGCAAGAAAGUGCCAUGCUCCAGGUGUUAAUGCGGGUUGAGCAAGAACAAAGGGUAACAGAAGACGCUCGCAGAUUUGCUGAGCAAGAGGCUGCAGCUCAGAGACAUGCUACUCAAGUGCUUCAGGAAAAGUAUGAAGAGGCCAUGGCUUCGCUUGCAGAAAUGGAAAAAAGAGUGGUUAUGGCAGAAUCUAUGUUGGAGGCUACCUUGCAGUACCAAUCCGGCAAACUGAAGGCACAGCCAUCUCCAAGAUCUCCCCAGCCAGAUUCAAAAGCUCAUCAAGAACCCAUGCCAGAACUGCCUGGAAGGAAGAUUAGUUUAUUAGCUCGACCUUUUGGACUUGGCUGGCGAGACCGGAACAAGCAACAGGAAAAACCUAUUAGCACAGAUACGCCAACAGAUGCCAAGUCUGCUGAUAUAAAGUUGUCAGACAAGGGGCAAAGCCAAAGCAGCCCGCAGAAAGAAACAAAUGGAAACAGUGAUGAAGUACAAGAGUGAAGAAAUGCAGGUGAGCUUUGAAAGAAACGUUAGCAGUUUGAUACUUUGUGUGUAAGUUUGGACCCAUUUGAGCUUGAAUGUGAACCAAGGAAAUAAUUAGAGUUUUGCGGCAAAAUAAAUUCUAGGAGAUAGGAUUCUUCUUGAUUGGAUGGAUGGUUUAUUCAGACACCUGGUGCUGGCAGUUCCUAUCGAUUUCUCAGGAUUGAAAUCUGUUAAAUUCUCUCAGUUAUCUGACUGUCACUGUUCCCUUCUGGUUCUGAGGGUGGAAGAGCUUGUGGGGGAGCUCUGGACUGGUAACUGGGUUUUGGGAUCAUACAUUUGAGAAGCAAGACUAGAAAGGGCAGUGGCUACAUCAGCUGGGGCCGCAUAUUAGGCUCUAAAUAAACACACAUUGCGGCAACAGCAAGAGCUUGGUGUAAAUCUCUCAGUGGAUAGUGGCCUUGGAGCAUUGGGUCAGCCAUCUGUGAGAAUUUCCUUCUAUCUUCAAACAAAGGCCGUGUCUGCAACAUCAGAAAAGCAUUUUCAGAAGAUUAGCAUAUUGAACUACCCUUCUGAAAAAUUCAAAAUUCGUUUAACUUGUGGCUACACUGAUAAUGUUCAGAGAGAUUACAUUUGUGGCUAACCACCAGAGUCUUUGGCUAACUUUUAUAUUGCUCCCAACUAGUUUGUGCAGGGAUGGUUUAACCUCUUUUCAAUGCAUCCCCACGGUUAUACUGUGCA